AUGUCUGUCGAGAAAAAGCCAUGUAUCAAAUGUGGUUGUAAAAAUUGGGUACUACUAUGCGAUGGUUGUCAUAGAUACUAUUGUGUCGAACAUGUCUUGGAACAUCGUACUGAGUUGUCAACACAGUUGAAUGAUAUCGAACAGGAGUAUGAGAAUUUAAAACAAUCGUUCAAGCCUCACGAAAAACCGCAAGAACAUCCUUUGUUAUCUCAGAUUGACGUAUGGGAACAUGAUGCUAUUCUCAAAAUCCAACAUUCGGCACAGAUAGCUCGUGACGAACUCCGACAGUUACUGAAUGAGUAUAACAAUCGAAUGAAAACGGUGUUGCAGCAAUUUUCUCAGCAACUUCAUGAUGGCCGACAGGAGAAUGAUUUCACAGAAAUAGAACUUAAUCAAUGGAAAGAACAGUUACAAACUAUUCGACAACAAUUCGAAGCACCAGCUGAUAUCAAAUUGAUGCAGGACAAACAAAUACUACCGAUCUAUUUCCUAAAAGUAGCCAUAACACAAGCUCCAGUAUUGUUUUCACCAUCUUCAAUCUCGGAAUUGACCGCUGCGUCGUGCAGUGAAAUAGAAAAUGUCCAUUGUAGUUAUGAUGAUGAACUUGAUGAAACACAAUCAACUAUGACUGAUACGAAUGAUAACGUGAUUCCUCAACGUACUUGUUUAGAAAUUCAUGAACCAGCUGCAAUACUGAAAGAGGAAGAAAGAGAAACGAACCAUGAACAACAAGUUCUUCUUGAUCCAACAAAAAGUCAACAUCUCGCCGUUCUUCAUUUAUGUCCUACAAAUCAAUCGCAAAUAAUUGAAAUUCUCCCAAAACUAACCAAACAUCCUAUAGAACUUUUCAAUCAAAGAGACGAUUAUCUCAAUAAAUUACAAUCCAUGGAACAAACAACAGUCUUUGUCGAUAUAACUAAUUCAUCGGCAAAUGAACGAAUUUCUCUACUCGAUGAACUGUGUCAAUUCGACAGUAUUUCUCUUGUAUAUAUCCAAGGUAAGUCAUUUGAAGACGAUGAAGAUCGUAGUUAUGUCUUCAGACGUUAUCCAAAAAUAAGAGCAAUGUUUGAAAAUGUACAACGCCUUCUGGUCCAAUGGAGUCUUGACACUAUAAAUGAAUACCAAAAUGCGGGUGAUCGAUACAUAGAACAAUGUGAUAAAGUUCGAGCGCGUUAUUGUUUUGAAGAAGGGAUUAAACUGUAUGAAUAUUUAUCUGUAUUUCUUAAUGACAAACGACGUAUUCGUUAA